UGCAGCUCCUGACAACAAUGCUGGGGGAAAGUAGCUCAGUACCUGUGGUAGCACAAAUACUUUGUAUUUCCAAAAAUAGCAUCGAGUUCAUAUAAAUCUAAUUAUGUGUUUUUCUUUCUUUUUCUCCAUUUGGAUAUUUUGUUCGUCGGGCUGGCUGUCCAUAUUUAGAAGAAAUGCAUACUCCUACUCCUAUUACUUGAAGCUAGCCAAGAAGCAGAAGGAGACUCAGACCAGCACACAGAGAGAGAUGGGUCCCGUGGCCGCUUCAGACAAGGCCUCUACCAAACUCAGCGCUGUUCACAAUGAAGAAGCUUUCUCUUCCAGCUGCCAAGAUGUUAAUGGAUUCAUAUCAUCAGACACAGUUCCAUCGACCACGCUGUUAGACAGUAGCCAUGGAGAGAUGACUCAGCCAACCUUGACUAUCCAGACCCACCCGUACCGGAGCUGCGAGCCAGUGGAAAUGUCCUACCCACGGGGGCAGUUCCAGCCAGCCAUCCGAGUGGCCGACCUGCUGCAGCACAUCACCCAGAUGAAACGUGGACAGGGCUAUGGAUUUAAAGAGGAAUAUGAGGCACUACCUGAGGGGCAGACGGCAUCCUGGGAUACAGCCAAGGAAGAUGAAAAUCGCAAUAAGAAUAGAUAUGGAAACAUAAUCUCCUAUGAUCAUUCAAGAGUGAGAUUGCAGCUGCUGGAUGGGGACCCUCACUCUGACUACAUCAACGCCAAUUACAUAGACGGGUACCACCGGCCUCGUCAUUACAUUGCAACUCAAGGGCCGAUGCAAGAGACAGUGAAGGAUUUCUGGAGAAUGAUUUGGCAAGAAAACUCUGCAAGCGUUGUCAUGGUCACCAACUUGGUGGAAGUGGGCAGGGUGAAGUGUGUUCGGUACUGGCCAGAUGACACAGAGGUCUAUGGGGACAUUAAAGUCACAUUAAUUGAGACAGAACCACUGGCAGAGUACGUCAUACGCACGUUUACUGUACAAAAGAAAGGCUACCAUGAGAUCCGAGAGAUUCGGCAGUUCCACUUCACCAGCUGGCCAGACCACGGGGUUCCUUGCUAUGCCACAGGCCUCCUGGGCUUUGUUCGGCAGGUGAAGUUCCUCAACCCCCCAGAGGCAGGACCCAUUGUUGUGCACUGCAGCGCUGGGGCCGGGAGAACAGGGUGCUUUAUUGCCAUUGACAUCAUGCUUGACAUGGCAGAGAACGAAGGUGUGGUUGAUAUAUUUAACUGCGUGCGAGAGCUGCGCUCCCAGAGGGUCAAUUUGGUACAGACAGAGGAACAGUAUGUAUUUGUCCAUGAUGCCAUUUUGGAGGCGUGUCUCUGCGGCAACACUGCCAUUCCAGUUUGUGAGUUCAGAUCCAUAUAUUACAACAUCAGCAGGAUAGAUCCACAGACCAAUUCCAGCCAGAUAAAAGAUGAGUUUCAGACUCUCAAUAUUGUGACACCGCGGGUUCGACCAGAGGACUGCAGCAUCGGCCUUUUGCCGAGGAACCAUGACAAGAACCGCUGCAUGGACGUGCUGCCCUUGGACCGGUGCCUGCCCUUCCUCAUCUCUGUGGAUGGCGAAUCCAGUAACUACAUCAAUGCUGCGCUCAUGGAUAGCCACAAGCAACCUGCUGCCUUUAUUGUAACCCAGCACCCUUUACCCAACACCGUAGCAGACUUCUGGAGGCUGGUGUUUGAUUAUAACUGCUCCUCCGUAGUGAUGCUGAAUGAGAUGGAUGCUGCACAGCUCUGCAUGCAGUACUGGCCAGAGAAGACGUCCUGUUGCUAUGGCCCAAUUCAAGUAGAGUUUGUUUCAGCAGACAUCGAUGAAGACAUCAUCAACCGGAUAUUCCGGAUCUGCAACAUGGCCAGGCCCCAGGAUGGCUAUCGCAUAGUUCAGCACCUGCAGUACAUUGGCUGGCCAGCAUACCGGGACACCCCUCCAUCCAAACGCUCACUGCUGAAGGUGGUCAGGAGGCUGGAGAAGUGGCAGGAGCAGUACGAUGGGAGGGACGGCCGCACUGUGGUCCACUGCCUGAACGGUGGGGGACGCAGUGGCACCUUCUGUGCCAUCUGCAGUGUGUGUGAAAUGAUUCAACAGCAAAAUAUCAUCGAUGUGUUCCACAUAGUGAAAACGUUACGGAAUAACAAGUCCAACAUGGUGGAGUCACUGGAACAGUAUAAAUUUGUAUAUGAGGUUGCACUGGAAUACUUGAGCUCCUUUUAGCCCAGCAGAGAGAGAGGAGCCUCCGACAUGGCAGACCUCAACCCCUGGCAGAUGCUUCUCCCCUGUCCCACACUAGAAGGCGGUAACAAGUGUGGGAAGGAAAACCUCUCCUUCCUGGAGAAAGAGACUGAGACUGCACGGACCAGCUGGAAGGAGGAGAUGAUGCCUGUGUUUGCUGCUGCCUGCUUUCUAUUGGAGCAUCUACCGCUUCUUAAAUAACCUACUGUAAAAAUAAGGGAAACGGGAGACAGGCUGAAGGACUGGACUUUCUAAUCCCCUCUGACUUCUCUCCUCUUUAGGAUUGUAUUUUUUGCUGUCCUUGCUGAAGAGUGGGGAAAGAAUGAAACCUUUAGGAAAUUGUCUUCUAAAUGUCUCCUUUUUAAGUUAUUAUUUUGUUAUCAAAUCCCAGUCUUUAAUUUUUGAAUUUCAUGCAGCAGUCAUUUGGGGAAAAUGAGAUAGCCAUAGGGAAUUUAUGAAAUGUUUCAUUACGAUUUGCCUGUCUUAUCUGUUUUUGUUUUAUUUUCCAAAUGAAAAGGCCAACACCAAAAAACACUGGAUAUCUUUCUGCAUCUGGUUCCGUUUAGCAUGAAGAUGGUGGAGAUGAGGAGUUAGUUGUUCAUGGAUUUGCAUCUUGGCUUCUACACUUUUCCUCCCAGUUUCUCCCAAGGCUGUGCAUGAACUGGUUACAUCUCUCUGGUCCAUGUUUGUUUCAGUGCUGGUGAAGCAAUAUUAAUAAGUUUCCCAGCCACUUAAACCCUGAAGUUAAAUAUUUGCAUCAAACAAAUUGCAUUUGUCUUGCAACUUUGGUAACGAUGUUACCAUAUUUUUCAAGUAUUUGCUGGGGUGCAGUGUGUCUUUGAAAAACAGGGUAUAAAGUAGGUAUUAUUGAUCAUAUACUAUGUAUUAUUAUUUUUUUAUUUAUUAUUUGUAUUGCUGUAGAACUUAGGACCCCUAGUCCUGACAGGUCCCUGCUGAACUAGGCUAGGCACUGUGCAAAUGAAGAACAAAGAAGGUUCCUGCUCAAGAACUUUGAAUCUGAAGGUAAUCUUAAAAUUGAGUUUGAUCAGGUUUUCCUCGCUGAUCCCAAACUGUUGUACAGUCAGACACAGUUGAGUGAUUUAUUCAGAUUUCCAGCCCCUGCAAAUUUAAAAUGGUAACCCAUCCAAGCUGCAGGAAGGGUGAUGGACAUACACAGAAACCUGUUCUGGCAUCUGCUAAGAAAAGGCUUCAGCCAGCACAGCAUCUUUCCAUCUUAAGCAAAAAGGCUUUUCUUUUGUUCUGCAGAGACGCCUGUGCAACUCUUCUUCUUUGCAACAAACAUCAGAAGGGUUUUGCCAUGGUUCUGGAUCUUGCUCUGACUUCUUAGAAGCUAAGAAAUUGCUUUUCUGAAAGAGUUUGUUUUAGGAGCUAAUCACUAAGGUCUACAGGAUAAUCUCUGAGAUUAUUCUUAAAGGAACAAAGGAUUUACAACAUUCAGUAUUUCAAUUUAGCCAUUUAUUUAUCCUGAGAGUGAAGGGAUCCAAGAUAGUUCAGUGUGUAAAUUAGAUUCUUGGUGAUGUAGGUUUCUUCAAACAUAGACUUGCUUAAAGCUAGACAGGUAAGGGAAAAUUUAAGUAUAAGGAAAUUCCACUUUCUUACCAUUUCAUAGUAUUCCACCCUCUGGUAAAUGCUCAGAAACUGCUGGGAGCUCAGUCGUGUCAAUGCCUCACAUAGAGAGCACCAGAAGCUUAAAAAAAUUUACCAAUUUCAUAUAUAAAUUCAAAAGGCACCUCUGCUUCAUGGUCAUUCUUUGCUUGAUAAUUAUAUCUUUGUCUUGACAAUUUGAUUGGAACACUUAUUGACUCAGAUAUGGCAGUACCUAACAAAAAAGUUAUCAUCUCUCUCGGGACCUGCAGCAGUCUAAGAAACAAGGCUCACUAUUUGGAAAUGGAAUCUUUCCUGCUGAGCAGAUGAGAGAUUUGCAUAGGAUGCUGAACCACCUUGCUCAUGUUCUUUCCAAGAAGCUUUGCAUUCUUGGCUUCUUCCAAGUGAAUACCUUGAAGGUCUCAGGCAGUUGCACCACAAAGCAUCAGUGGGAACCCCCUUACAGGUGCUUCUGCUGUGUGUCAGGUUGGGCCCCUACUUUCUGCAAGAAAUCACUAAAGCAACAUUGGAUUACAAUGGGGCAGCAGGUGAAUGUCUGCUGUUUCACAAAAUAAAUCAGUUGUUCUAUUUUUUUUUUCUGUUGCUGCUAAGCUGCACAAACAACUCUGCUGUAGAAUAAAAGGCAAAGCAAAAUUAUGACAUUUGAGAAGGAAAGGGUAAUAUUACUGUUUGAAUUACAGGUGGUUUGCUUGGGGGCCGUUUGCAAAGAAGAGGAAAGAGGGAAUCCUGAUCCCAGGAUGGGAUUUUGCAAUUGCCAAGGUGAGAAGAAGCUACCAGCAGAAUGUUCUUGACUUCACUAACCACAGAAAGCCAGAGGGAGUAACUCCCUGUGGAUGCUAUGGAAAUAUUAAUUAGUAUUUAGCAUUCUGUUAAUUUUACAUGGAAACUAGCAUACGCAUAGGACCCUUUCAGGAGUUACUGAAAGUCUAGUUCAGGCACUGAAGUUAAUGGCCUGGGUAAAAGGAAUAGAGAGGUAGAAUAAAUGACGGUGUAUCCAAGGAAUGAAGGGUAGAAGGUAGUUUCAGGCUAAGCAGUAGCGUGAAGGAAAGUGGCUUACAAAGCCAGCAGUCAGCCUAUAGGAGGGAUGUAUACAGGGAGGGAAGCAGGUGUUGGACAAGCCAGGCAGAAGAGCUCUUGCAGUGAAGUUGUUUAAGGUCCUGAGGUAGGUUUAAAUGUAUUUUCAUGGUAUGAGGCAUGCUAGUACAGGGUCAGGUGCAAGCAUCAGCUGGCCUGCAGUAACGCACCACAUGCUUUUAGCCCUCUGCAAAUGGAAAGUGAUAACAUAGAUUUCAGUGAAAGGUCUUUAAGCUACAUUUUACCUUCUCUUUGCAAGGAACAAGUUCAGUGCAAAUCACGUUGGUUCCUACAGCCCAACUGUUAGCCACAACUGACUGUGUGGCAGCUCAGGUCUGCGUUUCAGGCUUCUGGUGAUGUUCAGCCUGCAGCCAGUGUGGAAGGAUGCUCAGCAAACACUAUGGGUGAUGUUGGUUGUGGUCCAAACUGUUCCAUCAUCACACACAGGUACACUGAUUUUUGGGAACGCAGCUCCUGUCUGUAUUGGCUCAGGCAUCUUUGCACUGUUCUUUGCUGCACAAUGCUUAUAUGUUGAAUAUGAAUUAAUGAUAAAGGGAAAGAGAAAAUAAUUUGCUGUAAAUAACCUUCUUACCUUGAGGUUGUUUAAACUGUGGAGAGGAGCCUGUAGCAACAUAGGUGAUGUGCUUGAGGCAAGAUUGUGGAUGUUGGGUCUGUUUUCUUUGAGAAAGAGAGAAAUUUUGAGAUAAUAAAGUAGGCUUUCUCACUCUUGAAAGGACUGACAAUCCAGGACAAGCUUUCCAACCUAAGUAUUGCCUGCUGCAGUUGGGGAGCAAUAAUGUAAGGUAGAAAAGGGGAAUUCCUCAAUGACUGAGUUUUGGGCUGUGUAAAUAUGAUAUUGACAGUAUUUGAAUAGUCAUAAUGAAAACACUUAUUCCCAUUCUGACAUCCUUCAGGAUUGGGUGAGAACUGUUUGUUGAUAGCAUAGUAUUGGUCUAAAGUAUAAUCUGAAAUUUGGAAAACUAGAAAUAAGAAGAGUAAGGGUACAGGGACUGUGUCAUACACGGGGCAUAAAACAUCUUAAAUUAUUAAGAGAUGUAACUGAAGCAAAGAAUUCCAGAUCUACCUAGGCCAGAUGCUGGAGAAGGAGGAACCUGACCUGUCAGCAGGAAAGAGAUAGAACAAAUUCUCUACAAGGUACAGCAGGUCUUGACAGUCUGUUGGGUUGUUUCUUUCUUUCUUUUUUUUUUUUUUUAAUCUCUGUGAAAACUGCAUCCUUUGCUGCCAUCUUUUGUUAUUUUUUCCCCCCAGAGAAUGUUUUGUAAAGAAAAGUGGAGUUGACCUUCUGUAGAUGGACUUGAGGUACUUGUUUAUUAACAUGGAGGAAGCAGACUGGGGUUGGGAGUACAAUGUCAGUGUGAAGGUAGGGACUGCGGGUGGCAAACAAGCAGAUGGGAAUUGGUGGUUUUAUUUAGUAGAUUGAAGUAACUGGUGUUCUCUGAUCAGGGAAGUCUCUGGGCUGUGGUUGAUAGGAGAUGUUUCAGUUCAUGAUUGAAAUUCAUUGGCAAAGUUGCAUAGAAUACUGCCGUGCUUAGUUUGCUUCAACUAGUUUUAUUAGUGCACUGGUUGAUCCCCUUGGUUUAUUUGCAUUAGAGCCAUGUAAGUGAGCUAGAGUUGUCCGUGUUGGUCCACAGACACCAGGUAAUUAGCAAUGAAAGAUUUUUCCAUGCACUGAAACCCUCCUGUCACCUUUUGCACCAAAUCAAGCCACAGUUCUGCAUCACAUCUCUUCCAUUCAGCCCUUGUCCACAUGGUGCCCACAUUUUAAGAAUGCCCAGGGAACUCCCAGAAAGUUGACAGAUAUCUUGGGCCAUGUCUGUGACCCUGAUUGGUCUGGUCCAUGCACUCUGUAGGGCAGAGGUGGGAAUCACAGAGCAUAGCUUUUGCCUAGAGAAGCACAUAUUUGUGUGUCAGCAGUUUCCUACCUUUUAUUCCAAAUCUGUAAGCUCCCUGUGAAAACAUCCAGUGGCAAUGCAAGGACCCACAGCUGUAGAUUUAAGUCUGUAGAUGAUAGAAUUAUUUUUCCAUGUAGUUUGCAUGGGUCCUUGAGGAGUAGUUGGUGGGAUUUCCCCAGGGAAUCUCAAGCCAGGCACUGUGGGUGUGCUGCUCUUGGUAUCCCUCAGUCUGAGGAAGGAGAGAGGCUCCCAUCUGCAGCAGUUGUUCUGAAGGCAGCUGAACCAGUUGCUGUCUGGAAGAGAAGGAGAGGAUAAGGAAUCUCCUUUGGGAGAAAAGCAAACAGUGGAGGAGGAUUAAAUGGUGUCCUGAAACAGGCGAGAAACUUCCACUUUGUUCUCUCUUAUUCUUGCAGGGAUAAUACUUAUGUCUUUCCUACUCUUCUGAGUUUGUGCCAGGAUCAUAAAAAAGCAGGUAGUAACACAUUCCACUCUGCAGAACUCUCUAGAGAGGGAGCAGGCAGUGUAACAGAGGGAAUAAAUCCCGAGGGACAAAGAUAAAAGAUUUCCUUGAGAGGAACCUUCAAAUCUGCAGUGCCUCUGUCUGUCACACUGGCAGAAAUCUUUGCAAGUCAGCACGGAGCAUUGCACGGUCCUGGCAUAUUCCUCCAUCGCAAUUCAGUGCAAAUGUUGCACUUGGAAAACAUUGCCCUGUGAUAAAUUUAAACAAUAUCUCAUUGGUAGAGCAGUUCGCUUUUAGUCGUUGCAAAGGGCAUCUCAAGAACUUGGUUUGAUUCUGCUGUAUUCUAAUAUGAGGUUCUUCUGUAAGUGUACAAAGUUCACUCCAGCUUGUUAGAAACAUGGAGGGGACCUUGUGGUGAUAGUGCUUCAGGAUGAUCUCUGCCUGUGAGUGUGAAGCUCAGCAUUACCUCCUUGAAGACCAGGAAGUGGUCGAACAGAAUAGUGCACCUUCCCUGCACAGACCUUUCCAGGAGCAGAAACUGAGAGAGCCAGCUAAUUAAGGUUUGGUAUACAGAAGAGAGUAAUGAGGAUUCUGUUAACCCUCCUACGUUCAUACUUAUUUAGAUUGCAGUCUUCUAUAGCCAUACAUACAUGCUAUACAAUUUAAAUGCAAGUGCCCUUCCUUUCCCUGUUCCCCAGUUCCCUGUAGCUCUUCCUCCAUUGAGGGCCAUCCAACAGCACAGAAGCAAAGCAAACUUUCUGCAGUUUUGGCGAGGGAUGCUAGGAAAACUUAUCAUGUAGUAUCUGUGUAUUGACUUAGACAAAUAUCAGUCAUCUUCCUCAUCAUAGAUAUACCUGAAGAAUAUACAGCUGAGUGUAGCAGUCGAGUACAUUCAUGCAUUUUCAUUCACCAAGCCCAAAUCCUGGUGGUUCUGAGUUUGAUGGAGAGACAAAAAUACUCGCUGACUUCCAGUAGCCUCAAGUCUGUAAUCUUUAUUUUCUGUGUUAUAAGAUUUUUAAAGUCUCCCUUAUAAACAAUACAUGGCAUUCAGUAUCUACAGCUUCAUGUCGGAGUAGCACAACUGUGAAAACCUGGCAGCUUCUUCCAUUUGUGAAAACAAGCAAAGUCUUUCCAUCCUUGUCCCAGUGCAUUUGACAGGUUGUUCACCCUUAUUCUCUGGUUUCAACCCACACCUUAAGAAACAAAAUAAUGCAGCAGUCUGAAUGAUAGAUGCGGUGUUCCUGUAAUAUUUCUUUGUGGAGGGCAAAAAAAAAAAAAAAAAAAAGAGGAAAAAAAUGUUUUCCUAGCAAACCAGUUCAGCGUGAGCUGAUUCUAAGCUGCAUGGCCAUGAUCCAGUUCACACAGUUGGAAGCGAGGUUUGCUUGUUGUUGUGACGUGAUUUAUGCCAUAGGUGUAACCUUUGGGACCAAUCCUGGUCUGUUCUGUACAGGUUUCCAAUAGAAUAGGGGUCACUGUAGAGGAAGCACUUAUUGCAAGUGAUAGUAUUUCAGUGAAGGUUUUGUAAGGGAGAUCUGUUACUCUGGAACACAACUGUUUGGGGGACUUGGUGAGGUGCUUGAGCAGGUGGCUCUGUGGAGGUGUACGUCCUUCUGUGAGCACUUCAUCCUUCACUGGGCAUCUCCAGGAAGUCUUGCUUGUGUGCAGUUACAAAGGAAUGUAUUUGCAGGGGUGUUUUUGGGUGCAUGGCUGGUGCUUCACAAGCUUCAAUGACUUUAGCUAUUGGGAAAGCCUCUCCAGGGCAUCUGAUGGUUGUUGGCAUUGCUGAACUAGCUCUAACACUUCCCAUGCAGGACUUCCAUGUACAUGGAGCAGAACUGGCAUGACCCUCCUCACCUCUGUAGCCCAUUCUUAAGUCUCCAGCGCUCAUGCUGCGUUUCAGUGCAAAAGCUGCAGCUGUGCCCUUGCCACAUUUAACCCCUACUGACUGAGCGCACUGACAGAAUUCACUCCCAUGUUGAUUUCAUCUCCUUCCCCCUGCGCCAAUCCUGCUGAAAUUGAAAUGCUGUAGCAUCACUUGUUGCUAGAGCUGUUACUGCUACAGUCAGGAUGCUGUGGCCGUAUUGGGGUGAGCAGGACCCUGCCCAGCACCCCACACGUGCUGCAUCAGCGCGUCUCUGCUGUUGGAUUCUGCCCCCAUCUCCCCCUCCUUUGGCCUUUAUGGAUUACUGGUGAAACUCACUUGUACAGUUUGGAUGUUUGAUAGAUAAAGCACGUAUGAAAAUAAAAAAAAAGGAAAAAAAUAUAAAUACAGAAAUCUCAACACUGUGCAUUCAGUGUCUUUUCUUUCUAGCUUAAAAGAAGGAAGGUAAAUAAUGUCAAGUCAAUGAAUAUCAGAUAUAUUUUUUGACUGUACAUUACAGUGAAGUGUAAUCUUUUUUUUACAACUGCGAGUCCAUCUUAUUUAUUCUUGUAAAUGUUCCCAGACAAUGUUUGUAAUAUGGGCUGUGUU